AUGGACUUUGAGGGCCUUUUGUUUCAUGAGAAGAUUAAUGAAGAUGAGGAUGUCAUCUUGAAAGAGGAUAUUAGAAGAAUCAAUAUCUCCUUGGAAGGUGAACUUGAGAAGAAGGAAGAUAUUGCAGUAAAAGAGGAACAUGUUGGUUUUGCUAAAGCUAACCAAGAAGAAGUUGAAAAUGACAACUUGUUGAUGUGUAUUGAAGUAGUUGAUAGAGAAAGCAAUGAAUUAAUUCUAGGUGGGACAAAGAUUGCCACAAAAGGUAAGGUUGAAUCAAAUCUUAUUGAUUUAUUUCAUGUGAAUGAGAGUAAAAAGGUAGAGGAAAUAAUUGCAGUAGUUGAUGACUUUGUUGAAGCCAAAUUUGAGAAGCUUGAUGAGGAGAUUAGUAAAGAUGAGGAUGUCAUCUUGAAAGAGGAGAUUAGAAGAAUCAAUAGCUUCUUGGAAGUUGAACUUGAGAAGAAGGAAGAUAUUGCAGUAAAAGAGGAACAUGUUGGUUUUUCUAAAGCUAACCAAGAAGAAGUUGAAAAUGAUGACUUGUUGAUGUGUAUUGAAACAAUUGACAGAGAAAGAGAUGAAUUAAUUCCAGGUGGGACAAAGGUUGCCACAAAUGGUGAGGUUGAAUCAAAUCUUAUUGCUUUAUUUCAUGUGAAUGAGAGUAAAAAGGUAGAGGACAUAAUUGCAGUAGUUGAUGACUUUGUUGAAGUCAAAUUUGAGAAGCUUGAUGAGGAGAUAAAUUUGAAGAAGGAUGACUCCCAACCAGAGGGAUACUCCAACAAAGAUACUUCUACUCUAGUAGUACAUGUUCAGUCAGAAGUUUCUCACAAGCAGCCAUUUGUGCAGAUUGAUCCGGUAGAGAAAGAAAUUGCAGAUGACACCACUGAUAAUCAAGCAAUUAGGGACUCUGGUGAAGCUGUGAAAGAUCCUCCAGUUAUGGAAUUUCACCUAGAGGAACCAGUCAAGGAGAUUGCAGAUGAGAAGGGAGUAGAUGAGAAAACUCAAGAAGAAGCUGAUGUAGCCAAGGGUGAUACAAGUGCAAGUGAUGAGAAAGAAAAAGGAGAAGAGAACGUUGGAGAGGCACCAGUGACCAUGUCAAGUUCCACUGUUCCUGACAAAGGUAAGCGAAUUACAGCUAAUGAAGAUGACUUUUCACAUGGACCAAUUGACUUGAGCACAAUGUCUCCCAUACAAGAAUUGGAGUUGGUCACCCUUGCCCAAAUUAAAGCGAGUGAGGACUUACUAAAGUAUCAAUCAGAAGACAAGGAACUUAUAUCUUUGGCCACCAGUGUGUUAGAGAAAAAUUUGCCUUCUUUCAAGUAG